AAAAAUAUUCGGAUAUUUGGAUUUAGCAUCCUUUCAAAACCUGUUUUUUUUUUAAUGUGUUUGUGGGUUGAUGUGUUGUUGUUGUUUUCCCCUCCCGAGUGGCUAUAAGUAAACGACCAGCAUCUAUUGGGCAUCUUUUCCCCCCACCCUUUUUUUCCUUUUUUUAAAAGGAGGGGACCAAUGCAAAUCUUUCCUCCUCCCCCCCUUUUCGAUUUUUGGGAUAAUGAUUUCUGCUGUGUCUUGCCUAUGGAUUUUGGCGGGUGAGAAUUUCUGGAUCGUCUUGUAGAAAGAGAGGUCUCUUUGAGACAGGAUGGAUGAUCAGAAACCACCUGGUGAGGACAAAUGCUCUGAUACACCAGCAGCAGAUGGAAUUGUGUCCACAGAAGAGCAGGGCAGUGUGGAAGCUGAUCCUCUGAAGCCGCCAGAAGAAGGCCUUGUGAGAGAAGUAUUGGACACGGUGGAUGUUAAAGAGGAAUUACUCCAGACUUGCAGCCUCCCACCCAAACGCUGUGCGUUCUGUAACUGCAGCAAGUGGAGUUUGCACGGACAGCGAGAACUGCUGCGAUUUGAUCCUGCACCUGGUUGGACAGCGGACCUUUCUGAUUUGCCAGAAGGGAAGCAGCCUGCCUCUACAGAAGCUGGAAAUGAUGAUCUCACCCUGAUUGGCUUUGCAGACAGUGUGUCAGCAAGGGAGGUGUUUGAGCCAACAGGGCACUUCUGGGCUCAUCAUUGGUGUGUGGUGUGGUCAGCUGGAGUUGUACGUGCAGAAGGGUCGUGGCUGAGCCUUGUGAACAAAGCUGUCAUCUCAGGGAUUGCACAGAAAUGUGAACACUGUAAAAGGCAGGGUGCUACUAUUCCAUGCCACGCAGAAGGGUGCCAGCGCCACUAUCACUUCCCCUGUGCCGCGGCUAGUGGCUGCUUCCAAUCCAUGAAGAGUUUGAAACUUCUGUGUCCAGAGCAUCUUGAUCAGGCUGUACAGAUGGAGGAUUCACGCUGCAUGGUGUGUGAUGCCCCAGGGGAACUUCGCGACCUGCUCUUCUGCACUAGCUGUGGCUUGCACUAUCAUGGCACCUGCUUGGAGAUCACAGUAACACCGCGGAAACGCUCGGGCUGGCAGUGUCAUGAAUGCAAGGUUUGCCAAACCUGCAGGCUGUCUGGUGAGGACAGCAAGAUGCUAGUGUGCGAAGCCUGUGAAAAAUGCUACCACACCUACUGCUUGAAUCCUGCUAUUGAGAGCCUCCCCACAGACUUCUGGAAGUGCAAAAGCUGCCGUGUUUGUUCUGACUGCGGCUUCCGCCCAUCCUCAUUGGAGUCCAGCAUUCAGUGGUACGAGAACUACUCUCUGUGUGAAGGAUGUCGCGAGCAGCGCUGCAACAAAGCGAACAGUACAGAGGCUGUGCAGCACAGUCCGGAGUGAGUUCCUUCAGCUGAACUAAAUCCCCAUGUCUUUGGCCUCAGUUAAAUGGCUUGUCUGCACUGAUGGCUUACCUUGUUUUCUGCUGCUGAGGGUGAUUGCAAGACAUGUUUGCACUGAAAAUAAAUCGAAGCCUCAUAUAAUAAGUUACAGGACCGCCUAUCCUUGGCAUUCACCACAUUCAGCACAUUCAUGCAUCAUGUCAUAUGGGAUCGUUUUAUCUUUUAGGCUUUUAGACUUUUUCUUGAUUUCAUCAAUUCUGUCCAAGUCGCCUUCUCAACCGUUCACUCUUCCUUCAUGUAUUGGUUUUGUGAUUUGGUAUACAUUCGUCCUUUGUAUUUGAGUCCAAACUACAGGUAGUCCUCAAAUAACAACCACCUUUGAGCCCAAAAU